GAUCUUUUUUUUUUUUAAGGUCUUCGGGCUCUGACCGUUUUCUUUUGGGCUCCGGGGCCGCUGAGGGCGUCGAGCGCCGUCGCUGCGCCAGAGUUUUCCGAGCUGCAAGUGCAUUCAUUAACCCUGGCGUUUACGGAAGGAGAAGAUGAAAGAUAUCGAUCUAGGAAAAGAGUACGUUAUACCCAGUCCCGGUUAUAGAAACGGAAGGGAGAGAAACAGCCUGGAGCAACCCGAAGAACAAGAUGGGCUGAAGUGCUGGCAAGAGAAGAACAAGCAGGUGGAAUGCCAGAGUGCGUUGGAAGCAGCUGCGCGAGCAGAAGGCCUUCCGCUAGACGUCUCCAUGAAUUCUCACCUGGGAAUGUUGGAUGAAGGCCAUCCCAAAGGAAAAUACCGCUUUGGCUUGAACUUGAUGAAACCCAUCCGGACGACUUCCAAACACCCGCACCCAAUAGACAAUGCUGGGCUUUUCUCGUAUACGACUUUCUCGUGGCUCACGCCUCUGGCACGUGCAGCCUACAAGAAGGGAGAGCUGCAGACCGACGACGUGUGGUCUUUGUCAAAGCACGAGUCUUCCGAUGUUACCUGUCGAAGAUUAGAAAGGCUGUGGCAACAGGAGUUGCAGGAACGCGGGCCCGAGGAAGCCUCUCUCCGGCGGGUCGUGUGGGUCUUCUGCCGCACCCGGCUCAUCAUUUCCAUAGUGUGCUUGAUGGUCACUCAGCUCGCUGGCUUCUGUGGACCAGCCUUCGUUGUGAAACAUCUCCUGGAGUACACGCAGCAGCAGGAGUCGAACCUUCGGUACAGCCUGUCGCUGGUGUUUGGCCUGCUUAUGACCGAAAUAGUGCGUUCCUGGUCUUUGGCUUUGACGUGGGCUUUAAAUUACCGCACGGGAGUCAGGCUGCGUGGCGCUAUCCUGACCAUGGCUUUUAAGAAAAUCCUCCGGCUGAAAAAUAUCAAGGAGAAGUCUUUGGGGGAGCUCAUAAAUGUAUGCUCCAAUGAUGGACAGAGAAUGUUUGAGGCCGCCGCCGUUGGCAGUCUGCUGGCUGGUGGUCCUAUCGUUGCCAUCCUCGGGAUGAUUUAUAACGUUAUCAUUCUGGGGCCAACCGGCUUCUUGGGAUCAGCUAUCUUCAUCCUCUUCUACCCAGCAAUGAUGUUUGCGUCCCGCUUCACGGCCUAUUUCAGAAGGAAAUGCGUCUCAGCGACGGACGAGCGGGUCCAGAAAAUGAAUGAAGUUCUGAACUACAUCAAGUUUAUUAAAAUGUAUGCCUGGGUCAAAGCCUUCUCCCAGAAUGUCCAGAAAAUCAGAGAAGAGGAACGCAGAAUCUUGGAACGGGCAGGCUACUUCCAGAGCAUCACCGUGGGAGUGGCUCCCAUAGUUGUAGUCAUUGCCAGCGUGGUGACCUUCUCUGUCCACAUGUUCCUUGGCUACGACCUCACAGCCGCUCAGGCUUUCACAGUGGUCACGGUGUUCAACUCGAUGACCUUUGCUCUGAAAGUCACGCCGUUUUCUGUGAAGUCUUUGUCCGAAGCCUCUGUCGCUGUCGACCGAUUUAAGAGUUUGUUUCUAAUGGAAGAGGUUCAUAUGGUAAAGAAAAAGCCAUCCCGUCCUCUCACCGCCAUAGAGGUGAAAAAUGCCACCUUGGCAUGGGAGUCUUCCCAUGCCAGCGUCCAGAGCUCACCCAAGAUGACCCCUAAACUGAAAAAAGACAAGAUGGCCAAGGGCAAGAAAGCGAAGGCCAAAGUCCAGCAGCGCGAGGGACAGCAAGCCAUGCUGGCCGAGCAGAAGGGCCACCUCCUCGUGGACAGUGACGACCCCCCCAGCCCCGAGGAGGAGAGCAAACCACCCCACCUGGCGAAUGUCCGGCUGCAGAAGGUGCUCUACAGCAUUGAUCUACAAAUCGAGAAGGGGAAGCUUGUUGUUUGCGGCAGCGUGGGCAGCGGGAAGACCUCCCUCAUUUCAGCCAUCUUGGGACAGAUGACGCUGCUGGAGGGCAGCAUUUCUGUGGACGGAACGUUUGCCUACGCAGCCCAGCAGGCCUGGAUUCUGAACGCGACUCUUAGAGACAAUAUCCUCUUCGGGAAGGAGUUCGAUGAAGAAAGGUAUAAUACUGUGCUGAACGACUGCUGCCUCAGACCCGACCUGGCUAUCCUGCCGAAUGGGGACCUGACAGAGAUUGGUGAGCGCGGCGCAAACCUGAGCGGGGGUCAACGCCAGAGGAUCAGCCUUGCCCGGGCCCUGUACAGCGAGAACAGCAUUUAUAUCCUCGACGACCCUCUGAGCGCCUUGGACGCCCACGUGGGAAACCACAUCUUCAACAGCGCGAUACGGAAGCACCUGAAGUCGAAAACGGUCUUGUUCAUUACUCAUCAGUUACAGUAUCUCGUGGACUGUGACGAAGUGGUCUUCAUGAAAGAGGGCUGUAUCACGGAGAGGGGAAGCCACGAGGAUCUGAUGAACCUGAACGGGGACUACGCAGCCAUUUUUAACAGCCUGCAGCUGGGAGAGACGCCACACAUUGAGAUAAACGUCAAGAAAACGGCAAGCAGUUCGUUGAAAAGGCCGCAAGAUAAAGGCACCAAAUCAGGAUCUGUGAAGAAAGAAAAACUGGCCAAGAAGGAAGAAGGCCAGCUGGUGCAGUUGGAAGAGAAAGGCAAAGGUUCCGUCCCCUGGUCGGUUUACGGCGUCUACAUCCAGGCAGCCGGAGGGCCCAUCGCCUUCCUCAUCAUCAUGGCGCUCUUUGUAUUGAACGUGGGCAGCACCGCCUUCAGCAACUGGUGGCUGAGCUAUUGGAUCAAACAAGGCAGUGGGAACACUUCUUUGACGCUGAGAAACGAAACGGUUGUGAGCAGCAGCAUGAAGGACAACCCUCACAUGCGCUACUACGCUGGCAUCUAUGCCCUCUCGAUGGGGGUGAUGCUGAUUCUGAAAGCUGUGCGUGGCGUCGUCUUCGUCAAGGGAACAUUGAGAGCCUCCUCCAGGCUCCACGAUGAGCUCUUCCGAAGAAUCCUUCGCAGCCCUAUGAAGUUUUUUGAUACCACUCCGACCGGGCGGAUUCUCAACAGGUUCUCCAAAGAUAUGGAUGAAGUUGACGUCCGCUUGCCGUUUCAAGCUGAAAUGUUCAUCCAGAACGUCAUCCUCGUCUUCUUCUGCGUGGGGGUGAUUGCCGGCGUCUUCCCCUGGUUCCUCAUGGCCGUCGGGCCCCUCGUCAUCCUUUUUACGAUAUUGCACGUUGUAUCCAGAGUUUUCAUCCGGGAGCUGAAACGCCUGGACAACAUCACGCAGUCUCCGUUCCUUUCUCACAUCACCUCCAGCAUUCAAGGCCUCUCUACGAUCCACGCCUACAAUAGAGGGCAGGAAUUCCUGCACAGGUACCAGGAGCUGUUGGACGACAACCAGGCACCGUUCUUCUUGUUCAGCUGCGCCAUGCGUUGGCUUGCCGUGAGGCUGGAUAUCGUCAGCAUUGCCCUCAUUACAACCACGGGGCUGAUGAUCGUCUUAAUGCACGGGCAGAUCUCUCCUGCCUAUGCUGGGCUCGCCAUCUCCUACGCUGUCCAGCUCACAGGUUUGUUCCAGUUCACGGUCAGGCUGGCUUCGGAGACAGAGGCCCGCUUCACUUCUGUGGAGAGGAUCAACCACUAUAUCAAGACACUUUCACUGGAGGCUCCAGCUCGAAUUAAGAACAAAGCCCCCCCUCCCGACUGGCCCCAGGAAGGAGAAGUCAUCUUCGAAAAUGCAGAAAUGCGGUACCGGGAGAACCUCCCCCUCGUCCUCAAGAAAGUGUCCUUCACCAUCAAGCCCAAGGAGAAGAUCGGCAUUGUGGGGAGAACGGGCUCAGGGAAGUCCUCUCUAGGGAUGGCGCUCUUCCGCUUGGUUGAACUCUCGGGAGGCUGCAUUAAAAUCGACGGCGUGAAAAUCAACGACAUCGGUUUGGCGGAUCUCCGGAGCAAGCUCUCCAUCAUUCCCCAAGAACCUGUGCUGUUUAGCGGAACUGUGAGAUCCAACUUGGAUCCUUUCACUCAGUACAGCGAAGAGCAGAUCUGGGACGCUUUGGAAAGGACUCACAUGAAGGAAUGCAUUUCUCAGCUGCCCAUGAAACUUGAAUCCGAAGUGAUGGAAAAUGGAGAAAACUUCUCCGUCGGGGAGAGGCAGCUGCUUUGCAUUGCCAGAGCCUUGCUGCGUCGCUGUAAGGUCUUGAUCCUGGAUGAAGCGACGGCCGCCAUGGACACCGAGACGGACCUGCUGAUCCAGGAAACCAUCCGAGAGGCAUUCGCUGACUGCACUAUGCUGACGAUCGCCCACCGCUUGCAUACGGUCCUGGGCUCCGACCGGAUUAUGGUGCUGGUGCAAGGACAGGUGGUGGAAUUCGACACUCCAUCCGCUCUCCUGUCGAACGAGAACUCCCGUUUCUCCGCCAUGUUUGCUGCUGCAGAAAACAAGAUGACCGUCAAGGGCUAAAAAUUUUCAGGGCAACGUCACUUUAGCCAGGAGGCCACCACUUCCUGCCUGUGGCAGGCAGAACUCCUCCUCUUCCUCCUCAGAACUCCUCCUCCUCCACCUCCACGUCCUCCCAAGAGUUCAUUGCCUUCCCCCCCCCCUUUUUUUUAAUUUUUAGCAUUGUGGGGGGUCAGGAUUCGAGUCUUUUUCUUUUCUUUUUCAAAAAUAAGUACUGUAAGGAGGAUUCUUUAUGGCUUUUAUUACGGUAUUUAUUCCAUAUUGUUGCUAAUUUUCUUUUUGUUUGUUUCUCGUCGUUAUUAAAUGCACUCUACAAAAAAAAAUGGCUCAGGGAGCCAUACCUAUAAAUGUAUCAAGAGGCCUAUAUUGAAGCUUUAUACGUGUAGUUAUAUCUAUACAGAAUUCUGUACAUAGCCUAUAUUUACAGUGGAAAUGUAAGCCGUUUAUUUUAUAUUAAAAUGAGCGCUGCGUUAAGACCGGCGCAUAUUCUUUUCUAGCGUUUUUGUACAGUUUUAUGGUACUGGGAAUUCCUGGCAUUCGCCGAGCUGCUCCGGACGCCUUUCUCGUCUCUCGCAGCCGGCUCCCUCUCUCUCGCCGGAUUUCCCCAGGUCUCCGGAUGGAAGCAAAGCUUUGCAGUCGUGUCCUCUUUGUGUCCUCUUGUCUUUUGUCCUUGCACAGAGGGGAGGGGGGCGGGUGGGGACACUCUAUGCCCACGUGACUCAGGUCGCAUCGUUUACCUGUCACGGUGUAGGGCCUGUUACUAGGGUAGGUGGAAGGAGCAGGGGCUUCCUUCCCAGGGUGGGUUUUUUUGUGUGCGCAUUUUCAAGAAGCGGGAACCGGCGGUAGUGGCGUUCGCACCCUCGUGCGUUCAAGGGAACGAAAAGAGCAUCCUCUGUCAGAAGGAACUUUUCCCCGACGUUCUAAAAGGAAUAUCGCCGCCUCCUCUCGUUUCACUGGUCCAACCUCCCUUUUUGCCCAGGACCGUAAGUUGACUGUAGCGACGAACUUCUCAAAAAAAUAUUGGGUCCCUGCUGCUGGAUCCAGUAGUUUCGCAGCUGCCUCAGCUGGAUUUAUUGAUCUUUUAGAGAUGCUAAUACCUCAUUCGGACAGCUCCUCAAGAUUGGCUUUGAUUGACUCGUGUAGCGAUUUCACUGUUUCCGCUCAAGCUAAAUGAUGUCACUGUACCCCUUCCCCCAGCGAUUUUUGCCUUUAAAGAAAAAAAGCAGGCUGCUGCUGAUCAGGGUUUGACACUGGUGUAGGAAGUUUUAUUUUUCUUACUGUAAAGAGACCUACCUCAGGUUGCUGAGUCCUGUGCGGUAUGUUACCAUGGCGACCGCACGCCAUCCCCGUCGUGCGGGACCAGUAGCACGGUCAAUCCUGUAAUAGCUGUGACUUUUGGUUGAUCAGCGUUGCAUGUUUUUUUUUUGUUUGUUUGUUUGGGGUUGGGGUUUUGUUUUUUUUCCUUCCCCGUCCGGCCGGACGUUUUGUAGCCUUAGCAUGAAAACCGUUGAGAGAAAAAAAUCCGAAAAAGUGAAUUAAAAACUAUUUUGGGUUUUGUAAA